AUGUCUACAUUACUUAAAUAUCGCUUACAUGAUGCAACAGGCGAUGGUGGCAGGUGCCUCAACGAGAAGCCGUACCUUGACCCCAAGAAGCUUCAGAUCAACCUAACGGGCUUCAUGGCCAAGAACGCCCGCAUUUUCGUGAAGGAAUUGUGGGAUCUGCUCUUGGCUGCCCAGGAUAGCGAAUACGGCAUCCCCCAGGUCUUCAUCGAUGAGAAAAAGCGUGAGAUCGCGGCGAUUCAGGGAGCCGCAAACGAAGUAGAAGACACGCUAAGGCAAAUGGGUUCCUCACUCCCCGCAUCCAACCAUACAGAGCGUGAUUCCAACUCCGCUGCGGAAGGCGCGGUUCAGAAUACCAACGAGCCAUCGUCUGCCGUAGGUGUGGGCGGUGAGGCCGAAUCGGGUCCAAGCGAACAUCGGGAAUCACAUCGCCAAAGCCUGCAAAGCAAAAGGAGCGCUGGAAGGUCGUGGUACGAAACUCGGAAACGCGCAAACCGUCGUGCCAAAUACCCCGCCCGCCGCCACGACGACUCUAUUCGCGAUCGUGGUCAUCGUCGUCGUAGGUCACCUUCGUCGGGCUCUUCAAGAUCCAGUUCCGAGUCGGUGAGUUACCGCCGUCGCACGCACCGAAGGAGGUCUCCAUCCCGCAGUUCCUCCGUGUCGUAUUCAAAUCGCAGCGGGUCCUCGUCGUCGAGGUCUUCUUCCGCGGUGCGCAGGGCACCUCGCCACGGCCGUCGUCGGCCAUACUCCAGCGUGUCUAGUGAUUCCCCCAGUCCCUCAGAGUUUUCCUUGGACUCUCGUGCUUCGCGCUCUGUAGACUCAUCGGUUUCUCGCAGGAGUCGUGGCAAGCGGUAUGAAUCCCGUCGUAGCCGUGACCGCUCCGUGAGCCAUCGCAGAAGACGCAGUAGCGAUAGUUCUUCAUCCAGGUCAUCCUCUAGAUCUUCCAGGAGCUCUUCGAGUUCGAGCAGCUACAGAACUAGGAGGCGACGUGGCAGUGGCAGGCGAUACAGGUCGCGUGACCGUCGAUCCUAUUCGUGA